AUGUGUGCAAACUAUGUGUGUUGUGACUGUUCCUGUUUUACUAUGUGUGUGUGUUGUACCAGAGCGAUGCUAAAACAUGAGCAGCGGCCAGAGAGAGGAGAGGGAGGAAAAGCCUGUUUACACAGACUGCAAACCGCCUGGGGAAUAAUGCAGGAAAGGAAGUGAGCCGGCUCUCUGUCUGACUGCUCCAACUUCCUGCUCUCUCACACACACACACAUAUACACACACACACAUAUAUACCAAAGGGAAAAAAGAAAAGAAAGAAAAAAAUCAGGAUCUCAUUACUACAGAAACCUUUGCAGACGACCGCCAGCAUGGGAAACGAAGGGAUUUUACCAAUAUAAUUUUAGAAAGUUAUAAAGGACAGAAGAAAGUUGCUAGAGGACAGCAGGAGUCUGGGUAUGGAGAGUGCUAUCACACUGUGGCAGUUCCUGUUGCAAUUGCUACUCGACCAGAAACAUGAGCAUCUCAUCUGCUGGACAUCAAACGAUGGGGAAUUCAAGCUGCUCAAGGCUGAAGAGGUGGCCAAACUCUGGGGACUGAGGAAGAAUAAAACUAACAUGAACUAUGACAAACUGAGUCGGGCCCUUCGAUAUUACUAUGAUAAGAACAUCAUCAAAAAGGUCAUUGGACAGAAAUUUGUGUACAAGUUUGUUUCCUUCCCGGAGAUACUAAAGAUGGAUCCGCACUCGGUGGAAGUCAGCAGGGAGAGUGUAUUGCUGCAGGACAGCGACUGCAAGAUCCCGUCUGAUCUCAGAGAACAUCAUAAACAAACACUGGCAGCGCUGAGAAGUGCCAGUCGGAAUGAAUAUAUCCACUCAGGCCUGUAUUCCUCCUUCACUAUUAACUCCCUGCAAAACCAGACAGAGAACUACAAGUUUAUCAAAACAGAAAACUUACAGGAACAUGAAGAGGAGGAGGAAAAGGAAGAAGAGGAGGAUGAGGAGGAGGAGGUCAAACCAUCCAUCAGGAACUUGGUGGAGGAAACCAGAACUGUUAUAAGAUUUGUUACAAACAAAACAGAUAAGCAAUCUGUCCGACCAGUGGUUUCCUUGCCAGCUACAUCAGAAUCAUCAGCUUUCCUUUCCUCCUCUUUGUCUAAUAAAGGUUCUUCUCUAAAGUACCCCAAUGUAGCUAGUGUGUCCUCAGCAUCUACUUGCUCUUCCCGUUCCCCAUCCCUGUCCCCCAGUCUGUCCUACCCAAGUGACCAGAGAAGUCUGUUCCUUGAAUACUCCUGUCAUGGCGCAGAUUCCGUGGAACCAUUAAACCUCUCCGCUAGUUCCAAAUCAAAACUAUCAAAACUAUCAUCAUGCCAUCCACCCAAAGCCAAGAAGCCCAAAGGCCUAGAAAUCUGCUCUCCGCCUCUGCUUCUCUCUAGCAGUGAUAUUGGAUCCAUUGCUCUCAAUAGCCCAGCACUUCCGUCAGGAUCCAUGACCCCAGCAUUUUUCACAGCUCAGACACCAAAUGGAUUACUGUUAACCCCUAGUCCACUGUUGUCCAGCAUUCACUUCUGGAGCAGUCUCAGUCCUGUCGCUCCAUUAAGUCCUGCCAGGCUGCAAGGACCAAACACCUUGUUCCAGUUUCCCAGCCUGCUGAAUGGUCAUUUACCAAUGCAGCUGCCAGGAUUGGACAGAGCAUCAUCUCCAGUGCUUCUAUCAUCCAACACCCAAAAAUCCUGAUGCACUAUGGGAAGGACUUUAAUAACUCAUAAUACCCAUAAUAAUCUCCCUUUCCAGGAGCAAUCUGUGAAGAGCAUGGCCAUUUUCACUUGGCACUUUUUCUUGUUGUUUACCUGAGUUCAGUUCCAAGUGUUGUACAUAACACCAAAUGAAUCGGACACUCCCAGCAUGCUCCUCCGUUAGCUAUGAAUUGCUUUAAACUGUAGUUUAAAGGCUACUAGGAGAACCACAGGUUGGCUCUAUGUAUUAAUUGUAACAGAGCAUGUGAUAUACAGUAGGUUUUGUAUAUGCAAAGUGUUGAGCACUGUUGAAUUCCAUUUCUCCAGUUGACACUGUGGGCUAGUUAUACUAAACCCUGUAAGGCUUAUACUUGGGGAUGGAAGCCAGAUUGCAAAACCCCCAAAAAGCUGAUCAUUUAAGUAGUGAUCAUUGCACAGCUCAGCAUAGUCUAGUUGUGCCAGUAGUAUCCCUGGACAAGCCAAUGUUUGCCUUAUGUUAUGCACUUGAGCUUAUGGAAACUAUAACCGUCUGUGCCUUCUCUUGCAUACUACAUUUUUGUGUAUUUUACAUUAUGGAUAACACUUCUGGGGAAGUAACCUGUAUUAGGGCAAUAAAAAGAAAAGUGUCAUAUUUUGGUGAUAAACCCCCCCAAAAAAAACAACCAAAAUUGUAAUCACUUAGCGUCCGAUUUUCAUUUUUUGCCCUAUAACUACACCCCCCCCCACUUUAGAUUGACAUGACCUCUCUUUCUUAGAAUUCUAAGCCCGAGUUCCCAAACUUAUAUUCCAGACUUAUUUGUAUUUAGUGCUUUUCAUUUUUAUUGAAAUAUGGCCUGAAAUGUUUUUUCUUAAUUUGUUGAGAAAAAAAAAAUAAAAAAAAAUGUCACAACAAAA